UGUGUAAGUGUAACCAUGACAACCAUCACUUCCACUAUCCUCGAGCCCAGUCUAUAUUUACUAAAAGUGGCGCGAACGUCCGAAAUACGAUUAACGAUCACAAUCACUUCAAAAAUCGAAGUAAUUUUUUCUUUGGAAUCCUUUGGAAAACGAAGGCAUCCGUCCAUUAAAAUGAAACUCGUUCAGUUUUUGAUGAAAUUGAGUCAUGAAACCGUAACUAUUGAACUGAAGAAUGGCACAGUGAUUCAUGGCACGAUUGCAGGUGUUGACAUGAGUAUGAACACUCAUUUAAAGACAGUGAAGAUGACAAUCAAGAACAAAGAUCCUGUACAACUGGACAGCUUAAGUAUUCGUGGUAACAACAUUCGUUACUACAUUCUACCUGAGAGUUUGCCAAUCGAUACUUUGUUGGUGGAAGAACCACCACGAGCCAAAGGAAGAAAGAGAGAAGCAAUGGCACUUGGCAGGGGGAGAGGCAGGGGACGUGGACGCGGCAGAGGUGGCCCAAGAGGACGUGGAAGAGGCAGAAGAUAGAACACUGGACUUGGUUCUUAUACUGUGCUGUGUGCAGCCAGACUUAUAUAGGAUUUCCUAUAUUAAUUGCUGCUCUUACAUUGUGAUAUAAACAGGAUUUAUUCAGAAACAUUGACUGUGAUUACAUUGUACAUCUUGUUUGGUAUUGAAAUGAGUUCAUCUAAGUCAUGGUUUGUAGCUAGAUAAUGCAUGGAAUAUUGAUAAUGUUAACCUCAUCAA